AUGCCCUUCGGCUUGAAAAAUGCUGGAGCCACCUAUCAAAGACUUGUUAACAAGAUUUUUCGAGACCUGUCCGGAAACAAGUUAGAAGUCUACAUAGACGAUAUGCUCGCCAAGACUGAAUCCGGCGAACAACUAACCAAUGACCUCAAGGUCAUAAUGAACACCCUACGAAAGCACCAAAUGCGGCUCAACCCGGCAAAAUGCGCCUUCGGAAUGGAGGCAGGGAAGUUCCUCGGCUUCAUGAUUACACAACGCGGAGUUGAAGCAAACCCGGAGAAAUGUCGUGCCGUCCUCGAGAUGACAAGCCCCAAAAACCUUAAAGACAUCCAAAAGCUCACCGGCCGACUGACCGCGUUAUCACGCUUUCUCGGUGCAUCGGCCCAAAAAGCAAUCCCUUUCUUCAAACUAAUGAAAAAAGGGACCCCUUUUAAAUGGGAGACAGAGUGCGAAGAAGCAUUCCAACACUUCAAGAGGGUCCUAGCGGAACCACCAAUCCUCGCCAAACCCCAAACAGGGGAAACACUUUACUUGUACCUCUCCAUAACGGAAGAGGCACUCGCAGCAGCUCUCAUCCGUGAAGACGAGAAAAAGGAGCAAAAACCUGUAUACUUCAUAAGCAAAGUCUUACAAGAUGCAGAAACCCGCUAUUCACGCUUAGAAAAACUAGCUUUCGCACUCCUUACAGCCUCCCGACGCCUGCGACAAUACUUCCAAGCUCACCCCGUGACGGUCCGAACCGACCAGGCGGUCAAGCAAGUAUUACAGAAACCCGACCUAGCGGGAAGAAUGCUAGCAUGGUCCAUCGAGUUAUCCCAAUUCCAGAUCAAGUUCGAACCCCAGAACGCUAUCAAAGCACAAGUCUUGACCGAUUUCAUCGCCGAAAUGACUCCGGUAAAGCUCACCCCCGAACCAUGGAAAUUGCACGUCGACGGCUCGUCAAACUCCACUCACGGAGGCGCCGGAAUCAUACUCGAAAACCAAAAUGGGAUCACAAUUGAACAGUCAGUACGAUACGAAUUUCCAGUAUCAAAUAACCAGGCAGAAUACGAGGCCCUCUUAGAAGGCCUGACCCUAGCCCGAGAAGUCGGAGCAAAGGCCCUAGAGGUAAACACCGACUCCCAGGUAGUUAGUUCCCAAAUCAACGGAAGCUACCAGACACGAGAUCCCCUGCUCCAACAGUACCUCACCAAGGUAAACAAACUAAAAGAAGGGUUCGAAAGCAUCACCAUACAACAUGUUCCCAGGGAACGAAACGACAGGGCAGACCUACUUUCCAAGCUAGCCAGUACCAAACCAGGACACGGUAACAAAUCGCUAAUUCAGGAGGUCAUUAGGUCACCUUCUGUAUCAACAACAGUCAACGCCCAUCUGACGUCCUCAAAUCGGGAGUCCUGGACGCACCCUAUCCUACAGUACCUCCUCGACGGAACUUUGCCGCCAGACCCGAAAGAGGGAAAGCGAAUAAAAAGGGAAGCCGCCAAUUAUACCAUCGUAGCAGGACAACUAUACAAACGUGGUUUCUCGCAACCCCUACUCAAAUGCGUCGAACACGGGGACACGGAAUACAUACUCCGCGAAAUCCACGAAGGCUGCUGCGGUCACCACGUCGGAGGCAAAACAUUAGCCCAAAAAAUCAUCAGGGCUGGCUACUUCUGGCCCACAAUCAUUCGAGACUCCAUACAAUUAGUAAAAAGCUGUGACAAAUGCUAA